AUGGCUCAUCAACAUUGCAUUACCAUGCGUCUAAUGCAACAUCCUCUAUCUCACACUCGCAUAAAUACACGUAUUUUCGGUCGCAAGCUUAUCGUUGCUUUAGGGUGCUAUCACGCGCUUUGGAAAAGUGCGGGAGUGCGGUUUAAGGAUUCGUCAGGUGCAAUGGAGAAUACCGGGGAAAACGACUGCUGCCAAAGGCUGGUCGACAACGACGUCACGCGGAGUGUGAUUGUCCGCUUUAUACGCCGUGAAGUGGAAUGCCAACAACAAUUCCCGCACAAGUGA